GAACUCCUUGUUAUCCUCCCCUUCUAUUUUAUUUUUGCCGUUGUCUUCUAACAAGGUGUUUUUUUAAAACCAGGACGAGAAGUUUGGCUUUUGUAGGUUUUCACGAAGUAGUGACCAUAACCAGACAAUCUAUGUCACUGCAACACGGGCUCAAGGAGGAAGUAUUGUGGAGUGGAGCACCUCUUCAUGGGAGAGGAUGAGAUCAAAGUUGGUUGCUGGUGAACCAAUUUCAGCCUUUAAUAUUUCAGCUGAUGGGAAGCUCCUUGCAAUUGGGACCAGUGAAGGCAAUGUUCGUAUCUUGAGGGCCGGCAACAUGGGGGUGCUUAAGAUUAUUAAGAAAGCACAUAUUGGCCCCACGACCGCAUUAGCAUUUUCUGAUGAUUCAAGGGCUUUGCUCUCUGUGUCGAUGGAUUCAAGUGCAAGGGUGACACUUAUCACUGACAAUGGCAGUAAAAAUGGACUCAGCUUAUGGAUCAUUCUUUUCGUCGUUUUAUUGGCAAUGGCUGUAUACUAUGCAAAACACGAAGGGAAACUCCCAUGGCUGCCCGAUUUCUUGGUCAAAUUAUAGACAAUAGCUGAGGUGCGUCUCCAAUUCCUGGUUCACACAGUUGAUUACAAUGGGAUACUUUUGUUGAGUUGAAAGCCAAAUAUUGUACACUGUUUUUUGAACAGAAAAUCUGGGCUGAAUGGUUUCCCCCUCUUAAAAUAGAUAUGAAUAAGUUCUGCACUUGAAAGAUUAAGACCCUUGUAUGCUUUAGAUUGUACGUAACACUAGCACCGUAAGGUUACGCACUUACAUUGAUGUUAUUAUGCACUGACGUUUCUAUGGGCCAGGCACUAUUCAGUACUUCAUGCACUGGUUUUUUCUAGUUUUUUUUCCCUAAAAAACUCUUGCUUCGUAAUUUUAGUUUAUUUUCUAGGUGUUGGAUGCUUUAGUUGUGUUGUAUGUGUGCUCUCCCUGUUGCGUGCGUAUGCUGUGAGUCUUCUUUUUGUGCAGCUUGAGCUGGGAGUCUCUUGGAAACAGCUCCUCUACUAUUGGGUAGAGGCAAAGUCUACCUACGCACACCCUCCCUAGACCCUACUUUCGUGAGAACCAUCUGGGUCGUGUUUUUCCCUAAAAAGACACCAAAUCACCAACCAUUCUCCCCACAUCAACCCCAAAUGUGCAUUUCUUGGGAUUGGGGUGGAGUUUAUAUUUGUGCAUGAUUUGGAAAACCAACUAGAGGUCUUAAGCAUGAUCUGGAAAACUUGUUGGAGAUCUGGCAAAAGAUUCGGCUGAGCAUUCUAGUGUAGAGAGAUUCUUGAGUCCAAAUGCCAUAACGAGGUAGCAAUACACGUUCUCCAAUGUCCAAAUCCCAUUGUGAAUCAAAAUUUGGUGGUUGCCUCGGAAGGCAUCCAUAAACGAGAUGAUUUCAAAACCUACAGUCUCGUCAAUAAGUUGAUCAAUAUUUGAAUGUGUGAAGGGAUCCACCGGGCAUGGUUUGUUUAUGUCGAUAUAGUCCACACACAUGCGAUAUGUUAUUCCUUUGGGCCAGGACCACAUUUGCUAGCCAAGUGGGAUACUUGACCACCCACGUGUGUCCAACAUCCAACAUGCUGACUUCCUUCUUGACGAACUCCCGCCUGUAAGAGCUCAGGUGUUGCUUUAUGGGUGCGACGGUUGGGUCGACCACGAAGCAGUGAGUGAUGAUUAUUCUUUCGAUCCUCAGCAUUUGGUCCGCAGACCAAGCAAACAUUUCAAAGUUAUCACCGACGACGAGUAAGAUCUGGUCCUUGAGUGUCUUUCAAGUCGGCCUAUGGGGCGAAGGAAUCAUGGACGCAUCUCGCGCACCGAAUAAGAUAGGUUCUUGCGGCAUCCGUUUUGGGAGGAGUGGAUGAACUAGUCGCCACCUUUACAAACGUGGCGUGCUUCCCAUUUUUCCGCUGAGUGGCGAAAUCUCCUCGUCCAAGAUUCCCACGAUUUGAGGACAAUGAUGAAGCCAUAAAAAAGGAUGGAGGAACGGAAGAAUAAGGCAUGAAGAGGCAAAUAUGAGGAUCGGUGUGAAUCGAGAUGCCUAGAGGGAAAAAACAUGUGUAAUUGAGUUAGGCUUAGACAUUGGGCUUGGAGAUAGGUAUAACUAAGCUAUUACUCCAUCCGUCCCAAACUAUAAUGCUUGUUCACUAUUUACAAGAUCAAAUUUCAUUCACUUUCUUUAUCUAUUUUCCGCUGGAUAAAUAUAAACAAAGAAAAGAUUGGAUUCUCAAGAGACAAACUUUGCGGAUUGCAAUUGUUUGGAUUUGACAUGAAAGAAAGAAAUACAUUUACAUCAAUCAGAUUUUAAUGCCUAAUCCACGAGGUUUAAUAGUAGUAGUUAAAUUAAGUACAUCAAGUAAUACUCCGUACUAAGGUUCCACAAUGAUUAAUAGUAAUGAUUACGUCCCCCAAGUAAUGCUAAGUUUCAGGGAGACAGCAUACCAUUGCUGGAUGGAUAAAAGUAGGCCAAUCAGUAUCAAAACCAAUACUCCGAGUCAGCAGUCUCUUCUAAGACUAUACUACUCCCCCCUUUCAAAGUAGGGCCAUCAAUAUCACACAUUGCCGACAUUUGAAUCAUUCAUUUAAGAACAUGUUUUCCUUCUUUAGGUCCGGAAUCAAACCCUGCAAAUAAGUAAAUAACACAUGAAACUUUAAAAAGAAUCAUGAAUGACCACUUUAAAAAAAGAAAUACGGAGUAGUAGAUUGGCAAAAGUGAAAACACACUAAAGCAAUAAAUGGCUACUUUAAAUAGUGGAUCGUCACACACGGAGAAAGAGUUGAAAGAGGAAAAUGAACAGUGGCUAUGGCUCCUGGUCACCAUGAGGGGAGGUGUAUAAAGCUCACAAAACCAACCCACAAGCUUCGAAAGGCGUUGCUUAUAUGUCAGAGUAGCAAGACGAUGACGAGGGAGCAUAAAUCAGGGGUCCACCAUAGUUGAUGGAAGCUUCAAUCCAUGGUCAACAAUGGCAUAGAUCUGUAGAUUCAAUAUGAUCAUAAUCACAUGGAAAACUCAAAUCUAUAGCUAGAUUGGUCGAUCAAGGAGGACCUUCAAUUUGAAGUUGGCGAUGGAGAUUAAGGGCACUGUAGACCAACAUCUCGGCACCACUAGAAAAAUAAGAUCCGAGAUUAGGUAGCCCAUCAUGGACUGGGCUAAAACAUCACAUAGUAUUUAUGUUUGGGAGAUGCUAGGGGUACACCAAAGGUGUACCCCAAAUGUCCCUCACCCUAUCCAUAACCACU